CACAUUAAAAAAGUGGUCUUUAAUUGCCUUUUUUUAUGUGAUUAUGUAAUAAGAUCAUUAAAAAUACAUUUAAGGCAUUUAAGUAACAUUUAAGUUAGCCUGGCCGGGAGGGAGGGGGCGCCAUUUUUCGAAAAGUACACAUGGGCGCCAAAAAUCAGGUCAAAUUUGGGCCCCCCCUCCCCACGAAAUCUUGGAUCCGCGCCUGGGUAUAUUAUACCUGUCAAAAGAAAUUAAUCAAUAAGUACAGAAGACAAUGAACGAUGUCAUCGAACGACGGAGUUAUAGGUCCCUGGAAAUAUUCAGUCCAAAGAACGGGCAUAUAACAUGUGAUUUUUCUACGUCCAAAGUCCAUAUAGGGUUAUGCAACUAUACGUGUGAAGAAGAGGCACAUUUUAUAGUCUGCAUGGGCAGAUAAAAUCUGAAGUGAAUUAUUGAGCAAUUUGAUGCUUGAAAAAUAAUCAUGCAUAUAUCUAUGAAUGUUACAUAAUAAUGUUUUUUAUUCACGUUUGUUGUCAGAAAAAAACUACCGAAUGCUGGUCUGAGAUAUAUGCGGGCUGAGUUUUCUCCACUCGUGGACUGAGCCCGCAUAAUUAUAUGCAGGCUGAGAAAAUCUAAGAGACGAGGUCAGUUUAUUAAUACCUCCAAUGCAUGGAUAAACAUAAAUCCUUGAUGAUUCGGUUGAUCAAACACUUUUGGGGUAGAAAACACAGCUUUUAAAACUUAUUUCCAAUCGACCUCAAGUCGAAGAGUCCGCAUAUCAACGUCUCUUUUUCGAGAACUGACUAAUCAUGCACACCCGAACUUUCUCAUUUCCAUUUAUUUUACGCUCCCCUCGAUAUCGCACUCGCUCUUUCGCAUUUGAACAUUCCAUGCCAAUUCGAUCGCGUGCCGGGCUUAGUUUAAGCAUGGAGCUAUAUAGCUCUAUGGUUUAAGUUUAUGAUUUUUUUUACGUCACUGAUAUACACUCUACGUUGGGUAGGUGUUUCAGGGGGUAAUGCAUGUGCUUUACCAUGAUAGGCAAUAAAAGAACAAUGGGCAAAUAAAACACGUUUAUGAAACACCCUGAUGGAUAUGAGUUUACUAUUUUCCGGUUAUCUGUUCAAUAUCAAAUCGCAAUCGCAACGUUAUAACAGAGUGUCUGCAGUCUCAGACCGGUUAAUAAGUAAGCAUGGCUGGGUCAUGCCCGUUGCACAGGCUAUUGUUAUCCACAUAUCUGUACCAGAUGAUCAAGUGAAAUCAAAGGGUACCUUUUCGUCAAUCAAAAAGAAGAGGCAGUCUCUCAUGAUGCUCAAAGCAAGGCAGGUCGAGUCAAAGAGAAAGCACAUCGACUACCGUGAGGUAGAUGCUGAAGCAGGACACCAUGAAACUUUAUUGACAUGGAGAACCUUAAUCAGGAAGGCAUACCGUCAUCGAGGUAUUAUCUGGGUCGUCUUGUCCGUAUGCAUCACGGCAGGCUUCUCUCUAUGUAUCAAGUUUUUGGAAGGUAGUGUGCCAGCUAGCCAAGGUUUGGUUAUCCGAGGAUUAGUCCAAGCCAUGUUCUCCUUACCUUAUCUGGUAUUUCACAAGGUAUCAUUGCGAUUCCCUCUCAGGGUGUUCUUGUUGAUCAUCUUACGAGGUCUCGUCGGAUCUCUCUGUUUCUUCUUGAACUACUUCGCGAUACAGUCUCUCUCCGUUGGAACAGCGAAAGCACUGGCGUACAGUUCUCCCCUCUUUACAGGCAUCUUCGGUCGUGCAUGUCUAGGUGAACGGUGUUCGGUUCCAAUAGUCUUCUUCGCUUUCCUCACGGUAAUCGCUGUCACCCUUGUGGUCCAACCACCGUUCAUAUUCGGAGCCGACGUCGAGAGUUACAACGCCAUUGGUCUGAUAUGCGCGAUCAUAGGAGCUGUCGUUCUGGCCGCUAACACAAUCGUCCUGAGAUUUACCCAGAUAUUUCGCGUUGACGUCCAUGCAGUUAUAGUUGUAUAUGGUAUCAUAUCUGCUCUUUGUGGCGCCACCACGGCAACGGUCGUCGGGGACUGGACGAACCCUCAGUGUGGACUAGACCGUACGUUGGUUAUCGGAAUGGCAGUGACUGGAUUCUUUGAACAGUUGACAGUUACUCUUGCUCUAAAGACAGAAACUGCGUUAGUUGUAUCAAUCAUCAGAACUAAUGAAGUAUUCCUAUGCUUUGCCCUCGAUGUCUUUAUUUUUGGCAUCGUACCCAACGUAUGGACCAUUGUUGGAGCGAUUCUGGUCGUUGGGAGUUCUAUUGGUAUGACAAUAUCGGCCCAUCAAAUGAACAAGCGACGGCUCAAGGAGAGGGAUGUGAAUGUUUCUUUUGAAGAAAAGGAAAUGGAUCAUGAAAACUGAUGCUUGACCUUAGACGAUUACAAGCAGUAACAAUAUUUAAAUCCUAAUGCUGUUAUAGAAUGUUUUACUCGUUAACACUGGUUAUGAUUUGUUGUUUUCUUCUUGAAUGUACUUCCCGUGCGAAGUUUUUUUAAUCAUGCAUUCAUAAAUGAUUUUUGUUUAAACAAAUUCAUCCAGUCGUUCUCGAUUCAGUCUUUGCGUAGUUUUGAUGAAAAUCAUAGACAAGAUUCUGGGGGAUUUACCAACUUUAACUAGUUUGGAAUGGUUGCAAAAACUGUUACGUUCAAGUCUAUACUUAGUGGUAUCUAUACGAUACGAAUUCUGCUUUUGCAAAAUGUUAUAAUGUCCAUAUACAGAACACAUAUAUCUAUCUAUACAGACAAAUAUAUGCAUCAAUUUACGAAAAAAAAUAUCCAAUUGCAUUUAUUGCACAUGUAUGUACAUAAACUUCAUGCGGAACUUCCUUUCAUAUCACUGGCGUACAGAUGGGGAAGCUUAUUAGGGGAUAUUGGACCCCCAUUUUUCACGGCAAAUGACAUGAAAAGGAAAAGGGUUGAAAUCAUGAUAUACUUAUCUAAGUAUGUAUUUUGUCACGUCGAAAUCAAAAUUAUUAAAUUAAAAUUAUUACGAAAUUAAAAUUUUGCAUUAAAAAGUUACAUUUUUUGCUCGCUCACUUCGCCCGCUCGCAGCUUUUCAGAUUUUUUUUCCCCCAAUACGCCAUAUGUGGCUCCUCAUUUUUUUAUUAUACCCUUGUUCAAAGAGUAUUAAACAGAGGUUUACAAAAAUCCAUGUAUUGUGGAUUUCUAAAGUUUAGAUUUUGUGAUAAAGUUUGAGAAAUUCUGAAGUAGCAUGGGCCCCAUUGCGGAAAACUAUUGCCGGAGAAAACUCUUGCUAUCUCCCCCCCCCCCAAAAAAAAAAACCCCAGCCCUAAUCGCCCUUUUAUGUCGGCGUUUUCUGAAAGAACAAGAUUCGAGAAUGCGAGACAUGAUACAUAGAACAGCAGAUACAAAUGUAUUUUUAUUGAUUAUGUGAUGCAUGUAUCAACAGUGAAUCAUUAUAGAAUAUAGGAACUAGUGUGAAAACAAAUAUCUAACAAAAUAAACAAAUGAACAGAAACAUUAAUACUAACUCCAUUCGUCUCAAAUACCCCCGCCUUCACAAUCAAAUCAGAUAUAGUUUAGGAGGGCGGGGGUCGUCGAUCGCCUGAGCGCUGAAAAUAGGUAUGCGAUUCGCUCGUCAUGUAAUACUGAAUCGGUAUUUUUUCCGAAAUAAUUUCCUUUAUAUAUUUACGCUUGAAAUCAGACGUUUUGUUAUGAAUUAGCAAAUACGGUUCAAAUAUGUUAAUUUUCGGUCUACAUUAUUUGCAGUAUCUUCAACAAAUCAAUGUCCUUACAAAACUAUCACUGGUAUUCAUGGUAUUAAUUUUGAAUUAUUUUGUAUUAAUUUGUUUUUUAUAGCAUUCUAAUGGGUAUUUGUGGUUAAAAUCGCAUGUGUGAUUAUGAUAAAAAUGUAUGAGCUCAUAUCAAGCUACUAACCACUUGCCUGGUAAAAAGUCACAAUACAAAUUAUUAGGAAAAUAUCAUUUACUUUUCAUAAAUAUUUUGAUGAAGCUAAAAUGUCGUACUGAGUUGGAAAUUUGAGGGGUUUUUCAAGAUACAAGCAUGGCCGUAUGCAAAGAAAACCCUUCAUUGCAAAAUUUUCAUAAACACUUUGUGUGCUAUUCUGUUAUUUAACCAGAAUAAUUAUGUAAUUCAGGGUUGCAAUUAGACGUUUGUUCAUUACGAAAUGUACUCAUUAUCCAGUGUUUUACUCAAGUUGAGCCGCUUUGGGUCGUGCUAUAUGUACAAUAAUAAAUUUCAGAUGAGAAGGGUAGUGUAUAAAAUUAGUCAAUUUCACUAUUCAAGCCACUUAUCUGGAUAUUCUUUGUUCACGUCACUUAUAGAACGAAAUAUAGACUUGCUCAUAUAGCGCUUCACACUAUAAUUAUCAGAAAUAUCUAACCUCUCUUCAACAAUGUAGCAUCAUUAGAUUCCCGAUUUGCACCACUUAAGGAGGCCUUUUUUAUUAUUUCAAGCAAUUUAGGGUGAAAAAUUUGGUAUACAUUAAUCAGUUAAAAGUGCAUUAAACUGAGGUUAUAUUGGACAUGAAGGAUUGAUAGCACUGAAUACCAUGUGGAGAUGCAUGGACCACCCACCCCCGCCUCCCCCGUCUGGCGAAGGCUGUGACUAAAUCAGCAUAAAAUGUGCGGAUACAUGGUAUAGGCCUACAUACAAAUUCAAGGUUUAUAAACAGAAAUAAGAAAUAUUUAAAGGCAAGAGAAUGAGAUAAAUGGCCAUCAAAUCACUUCUUUUGUCAGAGACUCUAUUUGCUUACAACAAAUAUCACAUGCUGUAUUCAGUACUGCUUAAAAUGGAUAAAAAUGCAAGUCUUUUGUAUGAUGAGUUUAUAAAAUACCUUUAUCGAACGUUAAUUUUUCCUAAAAUGCACAGAGUACUCACCCCCCCCCCCCCCUCCCUUGAUUACAUGAUGAGCAGACAUGACAAUGCGCUUCGUAACAACCACACCAAGAUAGCUACAUACAUGCACAAUAUUUGCUGGAAUAUACUGUGCGUAUCAAAUAAAAGUUCACACUCAAAAAUAAUCCUGUAAAAAUUACAUAUCAAAUCCUGAAGCCUCUCCCACAUUAUUGGUACAGACCUCUAUAAGCAAAUGACGAUAUAAAUAUUGAAAAAUCUUUCCGCUUGAGUGAGCAACACUCAGUUUUGAAAAGUUCGUGAGAAAUGAUUUGCGCAGAACUUGGAAAUAGUUAUAUGAAUAAAAGUAGACGUUAAUCAUGAAGGACACAUUGACUUUAGCUAGGAAGAUUGAUUUGAAGAUAUAUUUUACCUUUUUAAUUUGUUUCCUUGCCCACAACACUUCAUAGAGCGCCAUUGCACCCCCUCUCCCCACGCACCGAGGCCAUCGUCGUGAUAUAUGCUUUACACGGAGCUGUGAUUCACAUGAAAUGACUUAGGCUUGAAUUUCGUUUUGUUAUCACUGUCAAGCUUGGAAAGAGUAUUAAAUGAAAUAUGAAAUGUGGUCCCACUUUAAAUGAUAAAAACUUAGUGAAAGAAUGCUGGAGAUGUCUUAAAUAAACUUUUGUUUCCAUUCAGUUAUGUCCUUAGAUCCAGCUGGCCCCCCCAAAAGAUAAUGUCGUGAUUACCUAUAGGGUUAAAAUGUUAAUUUGGGUGACAAAGACGUUACAAAAUAUAUCUGUUUUAUUUUAAUUUGCUAGAAUUUUGUCACCUGCAGUUUUCUUUUCAUUUUCCCGGUCAUUUCCACUCAUUUUCAUUUACUAGUAAUUAUGAAUUCAUUUCAUGAAUGCGCAUUUAUUUAUAUUGUUUUUGGUUUUUAGGAUUUUUUUUACUCAAUCUCUAAUUGCAUAAUGUUUCAACUUUUGGGUUUCUGUAUCCCUCUUGAAUUUAAAAUUUGUGUUCUUAACCGUAGAGGGGGUACGUUUAUCACUUAUAUUUGUCCAUAAUUCGUCCAUAUAGUUUAUAUAUAUAUAGUUCUAUAUAUAUCACACAUUCAUACCGCAUACUACACCCCUUACAUAACGAGUACUUUAUUAUUGUUUAUUUAUUAACAUAUAUUGUAAAUCAACCAUUGGAAUUGGGACAGGAUUCUUUAUGCCACAGUAAUUCAGUUAACCUUUUCUGUCCCUGGCGUUCCAAUUGUUGAUAUUUUUUGUUUUGUAUUGUUUAUACUGUAAUGUAUUUUUGUAUUAUUUGCCGAAUAAAUAAUAAUAUUAUAAUAAAAAUGCAAAAGAAAUGUAUGAGAAAUG